AUGAUCACGAUCUGGAAGCUUGCACCAGCACUUGCGACGGGCAAUGCGCUGAUUAUCAAAACACCGGAGUUGUCACCAUUGUACGGUCAAAAGCCAGCCAUGCUUGUGAAAGAAGCUGGUUUCCCUGUUGGUGUAGUAAAUAUCAUUGCGGGCGAUAGUAUCAUCGCUGGCAAGUGUCUUUCCGAGCAUAUGGAAAUGAAAAGGGUUGCAUACACUGGUAGCUCUAAGACAGGAAGAAAAGUCCUCCAAGCCGCUGCCAUGACCAAUCUCAAAAAGGUCACGCUGGAACUGGGAGGGAAAGUGCCAUCGAUCGUGUUCGAUGACGCCGAUUUUGAUAAUGCACUCUUCUGGACCCGGAUCGGUAUCAUAGCAAACCAUGGGAAAGUCUGCGCUGCUGGUUCGCGGAUCUAUGUACAAGAUACCAUCUACGAGAAGUUUAUCGAAGCUUACACGAAGGCUGCGGCUGAAGCCCUCAAUCACCGGGAGCGAUCCCUCCCCCCAAACAAAGGCAAAGGGCCCUAUCAUAAGUCAUGUGUAGCACGAGAAGACUCUGGGAUAUAUUGA